UAUAUAUGUGCUUUUUACUACAGGAUGCUUUGCAUGCGGAAUGGAAAACGGAUUCCGAGUUUAUAAUGCAGAUCCACUCAAAGAAAAAGAGAAGCAAGAAUUUCUAGAAGGUGGUGUUGGCCAUGUCGAAAUGUUGUUUCGUUGCAACUAUUUAGCACUAGUGGGUGGAGGAAAAAAGCCCAAGUACCCACCUAACAAAGUAAUGAUCUGGGAUGACCUGAAGAAGAAGACUGUCAUCGAGAUAGAGUUUUCUACAGAAGUCAAAGCAGUUAAGCUGCGAAGAGAUCGAAUUGUGGUAGUCUUGGAUUCGAUGAUUAAAGUUUUCACAUUCACACACAAUCCCCACCAGUUGCACGUCUUUGAAACCUGCUACAACCCUAAAGGUCUCUGUGUCCUUUGUCCAAAUAGUAAUAAUUCUCUUCUUGCAUUUCCUGGAACACAUACUGGGCAUGUGCAGAUAGUGGAUCUCGCUAAUACAGAAAAGCCUCCUGUAGACAUCCCGGCCCACGAGGGAGUCUUGAGCUGUAUAGCUUUAAACCUGCAGGGAACAAGAAUUGCAACAGCAUCAGAAAAAGGGACCCUCAUAAGAAUAUUUGAUACUUCAUCAGGGCAUUUAAUCCAGGAGCUACGAAGAGGAUCACAGGCAGCCAAUAUAUACUGUAUUAACUUCAACCAGGAUGCUUCCCUCAUCUGUGUGUCCAGUGACCAUGGCACAGUACAUAUCUUUGCUGCAGAAGACCCCAAAAGAAAUAAGCAGUCAAGUUUGGCCUCUGCCAGCUUUCUCCCCAAAUACUUCAGUUCCAAAUGGAGUUUUUCCAAAUUUCAGGUUCCCUCAGGCUCUCCGUGCAUUUGUGCCUUUGGAACAGAGCCAAAUGCUGUCAUAGCAAUAUGUGCAGAUGGCAGCUACUACAAGUUCUUAUUCAACCAAAAAGGGGAAUGCUCCAGGGAUGUCUAUGCUCAGUUUCUAGAAAUGACGGAUGACAAGCUUUGACUGAGGUGAGGGGAGUGCAAGGGUCAAAGUCCUGCCCUGGCUCUUCCAGGUCUUUGGAAGGACAGUGUAUGAAUGUCCAAUACUGAUCAAGAAGUUCAGCAGAUCUCAUGGAGAAGCCUGGCCCAACAUGAUCACAACGAGCUCUGAAGUAGUGGACUACAUAUGUUUAUUCUCAUUUCUGCAAAUAUUCAUCAUUAAAAUCUCUUUGGGUUAUGGUCAUCAACUCCAGUUUUCAAGAUGUGGCUUUCAACAAGCUUGUGCCUAUUGGGUUUCUCUUAAACUGUGAAAUGACUUUAGAUUAAACACGAGUGCCUGCCACACAGGGAGAUCUGCGGGAGGCUGCGCGUGUGUACGACUGGCCUUAGAAAAAGGGGUGUGAAAACAGAAGACUUUAGGCAUGGCUUUACGUCCCUGGGACGGCUGGGACUGGGGGGAGCACUGUGGGGAGCACUCGCACAACCCCAGGGGCCGGGAGCAGGAGUGCUGCCCCCCCUGCCCAGCCCCGGAGCAGGAGGAGAGGGGACAAGCGCAGCCGCAGGCACCUGGAGCUUGGACCACGCUCGGGGGGGACCGUCCCGUGGCCGGGCCAGCGCUCAGCACCAGCUGUCCGGGUGCCAAACUGGAGGGAGGAGCUGGAGGCCGCUGGGCUCUGGCUGAGCCACAAAACGUCCCCUCAGGGCGUGGAGCCCCUGCCCCAGCCAGCGUCCGGCUCGGCAAUGGCUUUAAACUUGCAAACUUUUUUAUUUUUUAUUUGAGAUGUUGCAUACUAAAUACUGUUGGCCUAGAGACAGGUAGGUUAGACUAAACCGACUGACUUGUAACCUCUUUCCUGAACUGGUGAUUUGGCAACAAACGUUUACUGCUGACCUGAGGCACAAGAGACUAAACCAGGAACUGAAAUAGACACAAGCUCCGAUCUGCUGCCGGGGAGGGCAGUCCUGCUCUUCUGAAACUCAAUUUCACAGAUGCUUCACAUCUGACAUGCCUGUUCACUCUAAGAUUGUUUAGCUGCAGACUCUCUAACUUUGACAAGUUUCUUUUAGUGUCAAUUAACAUACUAAGGACUAACUUCUACGCAGAUUUUGAUGUCAAGGUUGCAUGUUGCUUUUAUGUGUAUUUAAUCACAAAUUGUUUUGCACACUUAUUUGUAAUAUGUUAUUUCUUUUAAAUAAAAGUGACUAAUUUUGCUG